GGAUUUCUGUAACGUUAUUACUAGCGAAGCUAAAAGGUUCAUUUAAUCAACAAGGGAGGUGGAAUGGAAGGGUCCAGAUUCCAGAACCACCAGAUUCUCUCUCCUCUGAUAAAAGAGUGCUUCGGGUAAAUCCAAGCGGGGAACAGAAGCUAUUCCCUCAAACAGUGACCAGUUUGUUUGGUUCUCUCCCUCCUUCUCCCUUCCAUCUGCCGCUGAACCAGAACAAGGAAGAAGAAGCAGCUCCAGCUCCAGCUCCUGGUUUAACUCCUUUUUGCCGUCUCUAUCUCUCUCUCUCUCCUCCGCGUCCGCCAUGUGAGCGGUGUGGACCAUUGGCGUGUUCCCGAAACUAUUCCUCUCUCCCCCCCAACCGCCAACCGAAGCGUGGUAGCUAGCUUUGAGCUUCAGCUAGCUGCUGCUGCCCUCCAUCUCCAGAUUUCCUCACCUCCACAUUUCUUCUUCCUCCUUUGAUUCCCCUCUACGCCAAGCAGAAGAAACUAGAAGUAGAAGGCGACGAGCUAGGUUUUUCCUCCUUUUUCUUUUCUCUUCCUCUUUCCCACUGCUUCAGCUCCGGCCGGUUCUCUCGUCGUAGCAGCUAUAAGCUAAAAAAAAGUUGUUAUAGCAUCGAUCGAUGGCGACGCUUGGGGAUAUCUCGGUUUCAGCAGCGAUCAAUCUGCUCAGCGCCUUCAUCUUCCUGAUAGCAUUCGCGAUCUUGAGGCUCCAGCCCUUCAACGACCGGGUCUACUUCCCCAAAUGGUACCUCAAGGGCCUCCGCACCAGCCCCACCAACGCCGGCGGCGCGUUGGUCACGCGCGUCGUCAAUCUGGACUUCCGGUCGUACCUCCGCUUCCUCAAUUGGAUGCCGGAGGCGCUCAAGAUGCCGGAGCCGGAGCUCAUCGACCACGCCGGGCUCGACUCCGCCGUCUACCUCCGCAUUUAUCUCCUAGGGCUCAAGAUUUUCGUCCCUAUCGCUUGCUUGGCGUUUGCGGUGCUCGUCCCGGUGAACGUGACGAAUCACACCCUUGACAAGGUUGCCAAUGUCACCGCCAGCGACAUCGACAAGCUCUCCAUCUCCAAUAUCCCGCGGGAAUCUCAACGGUUCUGGGCGCAUAUUGUGAUGGCUUAUGCAUUCACGUUUUGGACCUUCUAUGUGUUGAUGAAGGAGUAUGAGAAGGUUGCUUCGAUGCGAUUGGCGUUCCUUGCCUCUGAGAAACGCCGCCCAGAUCAAUACUCGGUCCUUGUUCAGAAUGUGCCGCCUGAUGCUGACGAAUCCGUGAGCGAGCUUGUGGAGCACUUUUUCCUGGUCAAUCACCCAGAUAACUAUCUCACGCAUCAGGUGGUUUACAACGCAAACAAGCUAGCCAGCUUGGUGAAGAAGAAGAAAAGCUUGAGGAAUUGGUUGGACUUUUACCAACUUAAGUAUUCCAGGAACCAAGCUCAGCGCCCCAUGAUCAAGACCGGAUUUCUGGGAUGCCGGGGAGAAAAAGUUGAUGCUAUUGAUCUUUACACCGCCAAGAUUGAGAAGAUAUCUAUGGAAAUAGCUGAGGAGAGGGCAAGGGUGGCGAAGGAUCCAAAGUCAAUCAUGCCAGUAGCGUUCGUCUCGUUCAAAACUAGAUGGGGUGCAGCUGUUUGUGCACAAACUCAACAAUCAAGAAACCCAACUCUAUGGUUGACUGAAUGGGCUCCAGAACCACGGGAUGUAUAUUGGCAGAAUCUGGCCAUCCCUUACGUUUCCCUCACGAUCAGGCGGCUUAUAAUUGGAGUUGCAUUCUUCUUCCUUACCUUCUUCUUCAUGAUCCCCAUAGCAAUGGUGCAAUCCCUGGCCAGUAUCGAAGGAAUCGAGAAGGCAGCACCUUUUCUGGAGCCUAUAAUCGAAGCGGACUUUAUUAAGUCGUUUAUCCAGGGCUUCCUACCUGGUAUCGCUCUCAAGCUAUUCCUGAUCUUCCUACCAUCAAUACUGAUGAUGAUGUCCAAAUUUGAAGGCUUUAACUCCGUGUCCUCUCUGGAGAGGAGAUCAGCUACCCGGUUUUAUAUAUUCAACAUUGUGAAUGUCUUCCUUGGGAGCAUAAUUGCCGGAACUGCAUUCGAGCAGCUGAAUACAUUUCUGAACAAGUCCACUGGCGAAAUCCCGAAGAUAAUAGGUGUGGCGAUCCCCAUGAAAGCAACUUUCUUCAUAACCUACAUAAUGGUCGAUGGCUGGGCUGGAAUUGCUGGAGAAAUCCUGAUGUUGAAGCCGUUGAUAUUUUACCACUUGAAGAACUUCUUCCUGGUGAAGACUGAAAAGGAUAGAGAAGAAGCCAUGGACCCGGGGAGUCUCGGGUUCAACACAGGAGAGCCCCGGAUACAGUUCUAUUUCCUCUUGGGGCUUGUCUACUCAACCGUGACUCCUUUCCUCCUUCCCUUCAUCAUCAUCUUCUUUGCAUUUGCUUACGUUGUCUUCCGCCACCAGAUCAUAAAUGUGUACAACCAAGAGUACGAGAGCGCAGCAGCAUUCUGGCCAGCAGUGCACGGUCGCGUACUCAUCGCGCUGGUCAUCUCUCAGCUGCUGAUGAUGGGGCUGCUGAGCACCAAGGGAGCAGCUCUGGCAACUCCAUUUCUACUCGCCUUGCCCGUGCUGACAUUCUGGUUCUACAGAUUCUGCCAGGGCCGAUAUGAACCGGCGUUCGUCAGGUACCCGCUGCAGGAAGCCAUGAUGAAGGACACUCUCGAGCGGGCCAGGGAACCCAACCUCAACCUGAAGGGAUACCUUCAGCAAGCCUAUGUCCACCCGGUUUUCAAGAGCGCGGACGAGCGCGACGACGACGACAUAGACGAUGAUGAUGACGGCCGUAUGUCUUACUUGAGCGGGAAGAUCGACCACAGCGACACCGUGCUGGUUCCGACGAAGCGGCAGUCGAGGAGGAGCACCCCAGCUCCCAGCAGAGUUAGCGCAGGGUCCUCCCCCUCCAUGUCGGAGGAGAGAGGUCAUCCUGCCAAGCAUGGCCCUCCUGAGCCAUAAUUAAGCAGGCCCCUGAAUGUGUAAGUAGAACCACUUGUAAGUAGCACUGUAAAAACGACUGCGUUUUCCUUGAGGAACCGCGUUUUAGUGUACUUGUUGAACUCGCGACAACUGUUUGAUUGCAUUGGCAUAUAUCCUCUCCACUGUGGAUAACGUAGAAAUGGAUGACGGGUGCAUUUUGAUUCGUCAGUCUUCUUCUGCCUGAUCCAGAGAGUGCAAGUGUUAGAUUUUUACGUUGUUGGCAGUUGCUGACAUGGUCAGUUACACUUGGCACCCUGUAUGCCUGCCACCUGGCAACUUGCUUCUUGCCGCACGAGUGAGUGAGUCCUAACUAAUAAUGGAGGCUUUGGCUUCCCACGUGUGCACAGAAGGGGAAUUAACAGUACUGUACCUACUAGCUACCUGAUUGGCAUCUUUCUCAGUGAGCUGUAGUUAGUUAAUUAUGCGUGUGUUACCUGUGAAGAGGUCAGUAGGAAUUAUGG